UCUGAGAUUCUGAAGUGUCAGAAAGAGCGCAGAUAGACCCAGAAAGUGUUGACCAUUUUUUCCACUAGUAAAGUUUUCCAAGUAGUACGUACCAUGUUAGGCAUGUCAUCAUUUUCAACGCAGUUUGUGCAAAGUCCGAACCUACCUCCUCGUUUUCAUCAUCAUGUUCAGUGGAAUUUUAGCCAAGAUGUUUCAAAGGUUCCAAGAACACAUGUGGUCUGUAGCAUUACCAAAUCACAACUUGGUUACGAUAAAACAUUGGCAUCAAGAUUUCAUUAUGCUGCCAGAUUUUCUGUCUCACGACAAUCUGAAACAAAAUCAAUCGCAUAUAGGAGAAUGACAUGUACUAAUGCCAAGGAAAAUUAUCAGGACAACAUUGGAAACAUCUGCCCAAAAUGCUGCUGUGGUGCAUGCAAUAUAAAUACCCUCCAACAUAGCAUGCUUUUGCAUGCAUAUUCUCUAAUUGUUGCUAUUGUGUUAUCACUGUCUUUUUGAGGCCAUCUUUCUAGCUAUUUAAGAAAAUGGCAAUUGAGCAGCACAAGGAUGUGGAGAGUGGAUAUUUGCAAGAGCCCUUCAUUCAACCAGAGGAGGUUGCUUGUAAAGAAGUUGGAUCAGAUAAGAGUGUGGAAAAUGGAUCCAUUGGAAUGGUUUUGCUCAGCACACUUGUUGCCGUUUGUGGUUCUUUCACAUUUGGAAAUUGUGUGGGCUAUUCAUCGCCCACUCAAGCGGCUAUAAGGGAAGAUCUCAGUCUAUCUCUUGCUGAGUUUUCCAUGUUUGGUUCAUUAGUGACCAUUGGUGCUAUGCUUGGGGCUAUAACCAGCGGCCGGAUUACAGAUUUCAUUGGCCGCAAAGGGGCUAUGAGGAUUUCAACGGGAUUUUGCAUUACUGGAUGGUUAGCUGUCUUCUUCUCAAAGGGUUCUUACUCCCUUGACCUGGGAAGAUUUUUCACAGGGUACGGCAUUGGACUUAUAUCAUACGUGGUUCCUGUAUAUAUAGCAGAAAUAGCACCCAAAAAUCUUCGAGGAGGACUUGCAACAACAAAUCAGCUUUUGAUUGUUACUGGAGCGUCAGUCUCAUUCUUAUUAGGAAGUGUCAUACAUUGGAGAAAACUUGCACUAGCGGGGUUAGUGCCUUGCAUUUGCUUGCUGAUUGGUUUGUGCUUUAUCCCUGAGUCCCCCAGAUGGCUGGCUAAGGUUGGCCGUGAAAAAGAAUUUCAACUAGCUUUAAGGAGACUUCGGGGUAAAGAUGUUGAUAUUUCUGAUGAAGCUGCUGAAAUUCUGGACUCUAUUGAAACUCUUCGAAGCCUUCCUAAGAUUAAGCUGUUGGAUUUGUUCCAAAGCAAACAUGUGCGCUCUGUAGUUAUUGGGGUCGGGUUGAUGGUAUGCCAACAAUUUGUUGGAAUUAAUGGCAUAGGAUUCUACACAGCCGAGACUUUUAUAGCAGCUGGACUUUCUUCAGGAAAAGCUGGUACCAUAGCAUAUGCUUGUUUGCAGGUUCCAUUUACUGUAUUGGGAGCCAUUUUGAUGGAUAAGUCUGGAAGGAGACCUCUUAUGAUGGUUUCCGCAACUGGGACAUUCUUAGGUUGCUUUAUUGCCGCUAUUGCUUUCUUUCUCAAGGACCAAAGCUUAAUGCUUGAGUGCGCACCGAUAUUUGCAGUUGCUGGUGUGUUGAUCUACAUAGCAGCAUAUUCAAUUGGUGUAGGACCAGUUCCUUGGGUGAUAAUGUCAGAGAUCUUUCCCAUUCAUGUGAAGGGAAUUGCUGGAAGCUUGGUGGUUUUGGCUAAUUGGCUAGGAGCUUGGAUAGUUUCGUAUACUUUCAACUCUCUUAUGAGCUGGAGUUCUCCUGGUACUUUGUUUUUGUAUGCUGGAAGUUCCCUCUUAACUAUUCUGUUUGUCACAAAAUUAGUCCCAGAAACCAAAGGAAAAACUUUGGAAGAGAUUCAGGCUUGGAUUAGUCCAUAGAGAUAAAAGAGCAAAACCACGCAGCAACAGUCAAGACCUUGUCAAAUCAUUACCACCAUCAUUUGUAAAAUUCUUUUAGAUACAUUUAAAAACGUCAAGGCAUAAAAUAACAGUGUGCCAUAUCCAUUUUUUUGUUGUAUAGUAGUAAUAAUAAUAAUGCAUCAUAUUAGCUUA